AUGUCUAUGCUUCCAACGUUUGGUUUUACGCAAGAGCAAGUUGCGUGCGUCUGCGAAGUCCUGCAGCAGGGUGGUAACAUCGAACGUCUUGGACGCUUUUUGUGGUCUUUGCCGGCGUGUGAACACCUCCACAAGAACGAGAGUGUUCUUAAAGCGAAAGCGGUCGUCGCUUUUCACAGAGGAAACUUCAGAGAGCUUUAUAAAAUUUUAGAGAGCCACCAGUUCUCUCCGCACAACCACCCGAAACUGCAGCAGCUGUGGCUUAAGGCGCACUACAUAGAGGCAGAAAAGCUUCGGGGUCGCCCUCUUGGGGCUGUGGGGAAGUACCGCGUCCGCAGAAAGUUCCCGCUGCCCCGGUCUAUCUGGGAUGGCGAGGAGACCAGCUAUUGCUUCAAGGAGAAGAGUCGAAGUGUAUUAAGAGAAUGGUACACCCAUAAUCCGUACCCAUCUCCAAGGGAGAAAAGAGAGUUAGCCGAAGCCACCGGAUUGACAACAACACAAGUUAGCAACUGGUUCAAAAACAGACGGCAACGUGACCGUGCAGCCGAGGCUAAGGAAAGAGAAAACAACGAGAACUCGAACACAAACAGCCAUAACCCAUUGACUUCUUCUAUGAAUGGAAAUAAAACUAUGUUGGGGAGCUCGGACGACGACAAAACCCCCUCUGGAACCCCAGAUCACACCUCGUCGAGUCCUGCAUUGCUCCUCACGUCAAACUCGGGGCUGCAGUCCUUGCAUGGCCUCGCGCCCCCACCUGGUCCAAGUGCGAUACCAGUGCCCAGCGCGGAUUCGGUGCACCACCAUCAUUCGCUGCACGACACUAUACUGAACCCUAUGUCAUCCAAUUUGGUCGAUCUUGGUUCUUAA